CUCCUCGCCCCGAUGCCCCUUGUCCCCGGACAAUAUCGAGCUCGAGUCGAACUGGGCACCUUCUGCUCAUCGUUCUGUCGUAGUCUGUCUGACCGGGGUUGUUGCGUUUUUGGGUCACCUCCAUCAUCUCAGUUCCAAGGGCCCUUUUUUUUAUUCGUUUUAAUCUUUUAAUAUUGCUGCUGCUGUCAUUGCAUUGCCCUUUUCUACCAUCACCUCGCCCACCCUUUUGCGGUUUCUACCACUCCUCAUUUUUGUUUUGUUUGCCUGUUCGGCUUCUUUCACCACGCCUAAUAAAUAACAAACCCCAACCGGAACUUGUCUAGCUCGCCGUGAGGCGUGCUUCGCUUUACUUUUUCGAAGUUUAGUUUGGCGUUUUCCCUGGCUGUCGUCCAUUUUCUGCACAGCCCCGGAACGAGGUACCGACCAACAGCAGUUCACGAGAAACAAGGGUCGUUUGCACUUUAGCUUGGGCGGUUGUUCUGCAAGGGAGAUUGGACCGCUUGCUCUUUGUUGCACUUUGCUGUACAUCUACCAACCUUUUUAUUCAUUCCACCUAAGCUGUGCUGCCCUCCAGUGGUGCCUUUUUAUUUUUAUUACUAUUUUUCGAGCCUUUUUUUUCAUUAGCUCGCAGAAUUUCUCAACUCGACCUGAAUCUGCGAAAAAAAACCGUCUGGCCCACAAGUUUUCGCUCGCCUCGAUCGAUGCAGUCAUCUUAAGCUGAUCGCACGGCACGGCUCCAGCCAGCCAGUCACACCAACAAAUUUACCUCCACUGCCUUGCUUGCUGAGCUGCCUUGGUCGUCAUCACAUCACCACCACCACCACCACACCUUUCCGCGCCAUCUCUGAGGAACCAAAUCAAAACCAACCCCGGUCGACGGUGUUGUACCAAAUAGCUUUGUCUCUCCAAGAAAAUAACCCCCCACAGAAUCUACAACACCGGUUUUGUCUAAGACGUCGCCGAGAUAAACACAAAAAAAAAAAAAAAACCAACGAGGAGAAUUAAAUACGAAAGGCGGUCACCAAUCUUGACGAGAAGAAGAAAGAGACGAAAGCAGGGAAAGCAAAGUGAAAAAGCAACUUUGUGCCAGAGGAAUUGCUUGCUGUGGCAACUUUUUCCCUCUCGCUUUAGCUUGUGAUUGUUUCACCGACCGCACGCACACCAUUCGACACUCAGUCCAGCAGUUAGCAGUUCAGCACACACACCCGCCGUUCUUCUAGACUGCUUCCGCUGCCUAACCCGCCCACGCAAACGCAAGGGAGUGGUUCAACUCACAUUAGCGUCUUCUACCGCUUCAACGCCUUAGCUGGUCGGCCUGCCGCCCGCCACACGCUGCCGUCCGUCGUCUGAUCAGAUCGACCUAAUCAAAAUCGACACGACGCUUGAACGUCCCCCGAUCAGAUCAGUUUGGAGACCUUAGCGCCUGUCAGCCCUGACAAGACAGAGCUAGAACUGGAGCUAGGUACCUGCCUAUCUACAGCGAGGCACCAUAGCAUUUUGUACCUACCAUAGGUACCAUACCUGACCGACCAACGGAAACACUCGGCGCACAUCUUACCUCUUCCAGCCUUGGUUUAGAUAGCGGCGAUUCCCCCGACCUCGUCUCCUCCACAAAAUCCAUCCAUCCCUCCCCCCCGCUCACCAAAGCACGGCCGCUCUUGGUUCGUCUGGUCUCUUUUUGUAUUUUUUUUUUAUUCCUCUUCUUCAUUCGCCAUUCUUACUCCGCCAUCCUGUCGACAUUCGAUUCCACCCAUCAUCUCAUCUAAUCAGCAAUUUGAACCUGGAAUAGGUGUCGGACCUUGGACCACAAACUUGCCGGACUGUUUUGCACUUCAUCUCCGAUCGUGCUUGUACAUGCACCUCGCUCUACCUACCUGUAUCUCAGGCAAUUGCGAUUGAAAAGCAGGGCAGCAGAUGUGCUUGGAGUAACGACAUCCCCAUAUACUGAGAUCGGUUAUGGAAGCGGGCGAUUCUGUGCCCAGGCAAAGUGCUCAUCUUUCGGCCAGCAACAACCACUCUGAUUAUUAUAGCCAACGUUCGAGAGAACCUCUCAACAGGCCGCCUUUGAGGCAAACUUCAUCCACAAUGGCUACUGCUGCUUUGAUCAGUCCGAGCAAUCAUUACUCUCAUCACUCACCAUACGCUUCGGCCUAUACAUCACAUCCGAAUUCCGCAUCCAGUGCGCAUCCUCCGCCACCGCCGCCUACAAUGGUCUCUCCUGCCGACUCCGCCCGUAGAUCUGACGACAAUGAGACACCACACCGUCAGUCUCUGCCGUCCAUUCGGGAUAUAAUUGGCAAGAGUAGCGAUGGUCCGCCGGGAGCCAACAGCUUGCCAUCACCCUUCUCAACUCACUCUUCAGCUCCGCCGCCGCCGCCUCCACGCUCGUACAAUGACCAGCCUCAAACGCGCGAGAAGCCUCCCUCGCCUAGACAACCCGAAAGAACAGCUACCUACUCGCGUCCUGAGCCUCUCCCGCCAUUUCAAGAUAGCUCGCGAGGCCCCCCGCCUCGCCCCGGUGUACCAUCGCUGAGCAUCUUUGCUGGCGGAAACCCACCAAAGCCCAACUUGCCUGAGAUUUCAGAAAGAAGACACCACCCAGGGCCGCCACCACCACCACCUGCUAUGGAAAGCCAGUCCGCUGGUCAAUAUGCUCAUCACGCCCCGCCGCCUGCCCAUGGCCCACCACAAGCUCCUCCGCCUCCGCCAUCAUCGCAUUCGCACAUGCCACCACCAUUGUCCGCGCCCACUCCUCCAUACAGCAGCGGGUCGGCACCUCUUCCUCCAGGCCAAUUGCCGCUCUCUGCCUAUCCGAUAUCUCCACGAAAUCCCGCACCAUCCAUGACGUCUCCGUACAAUACGCAGCGACCACCAAUGGGCCCCGAGGAAGCAGAGUACGCAGCUCGGAACCAGUUGAAGUACAAUGGGCCCCCAGGGCGUCCUUACGAGUCAUGGAGCUUCGCAGAGUCGCUUGCUAAGGUCGGUGGAUCGGCACAUGUUCUAUUAUCAUUCGCCGACAGAUACGCGCAGAUUGCCCAAGACGAGCCGGUGCCUUCCAGGAUGCCUAGCGAUGCAGAGAUUUCCGACAUGGUCGCAAACUGCGAGCACGUUAUGAUAGCAUUAGAUGCUUUGCGCAACCAGAGGAUGUAUUUGAGCAACGAAUUACAUCGCGAAGGAGCUCCUAGGCCAAGUCGAGGCUACGGCGGCGAAGACGAGGACGUCAAUAUGUAUAACGACGGCAUGAAGCAGAGCUACAACGUCAUGGAGACUAAGAAGCGCCGAGGGCGUGCUGCACCCCCCGGACGAUGCCACAGUUGCAAUCGCAUGGACACCCCUGAAUGGAGGCGCGGACCUGACGGGGCGAGGACCUUGUGUAACGCCUGCGGCCUUCACUACGCAAAACUGGAGCGCAAGAAACAGAUGGAGCGGGGGCAAGCAAGAAAGGAUGCUGCCAAAUGAGGAAACAGCACACCGUCGACAUUCACCGUUGACCAGCAAAAAAGAACGAAAAAAAAAACAAAAAAAGCAGUUGUUUGAGGCGCCCCACGCUACUACAAAUCAAAACAACCAACAAACGAAAGACCGAAACGGCAACAUAUAUACAACUACAUGCAUUUGCUUUGGUUCAGGGAAAGACAUCUGGAGUUGCGCUUUGCGGACAGGACAUUCCUAUCGCCGUCAAGUGUCAACAAGGACACUCUCGUGACCCAGCAUCGCGACGCGAUAUGAUAGAAAAGAAAAGAAAAGGAGGAUAUCUGUGGGAUUUGUUAUUUGUUUAUUUUUUUCUCCCUCUUGUUCGGUCUUUCCUAAUACCCCCCGAAUAUGCCACCAUAUCAAUGCCCCCUUCUACGAGCUUGUAAAGAAAGACGUAUAUAUACCCCUGGGAUUACCCACUUCUAUUAACACCGACCUACUUUAUUUCAUCACUUUUCUUGGUCUACUCCCCCCCAACCUUGGAUUCAAACACAGCAUUGCACGGCGCCAUUUUACCUAUUUCUGUUCGAUUCUCUUUUUCUCUCGCUUUUAUACGAUAAGAACUCCGCGGUUAUUUUCUUUCCCUAUACUAAAUGAGCAAUUCUGCUUAAUGUAUAUGCAGCAAUGGAGGUUCCAUUGAAGGGAUUUGGAGACAAGACAGGGUUAUCCCUUCCGGAUGAUGAAAGCCUAUCUCUAGAUCUAAAUCCAAUUGAUUACGAUAUUUUUUAUUCCCCGGG